AUGGAUACGCAACAGCAACCACCUGGCCAAACACGUAGUGCUUCAGGCACGAGCACAGUGAGCCGUGGGCAUGGCUCUAAAAGCUCCAAUCCCGACAAGCAGAUAUCACAGAUCGAAAAGAGUGUUACUCACCUCCUCGUCGCAACGAAGCAGCUCCUCGAAACCCUGACGCAAUGGUCAAGAGGCAAUGCGCAAGAGGAGGAAGUCUCCGAUGUCUACGUACGCCUGGGGUAUGAGUUCAACCUGGCCUGUCGUGCCUUCAACUCAAUAGGAGUCGAUACCCAAGAUCUCGGUCCUGUUCCAGAUCUCCUCAGGACCAUUCUCGAGGAUACAUUGAGUCAGCCAGCUUCACCACAGGCACUCGACAACUACCUUCCUCGUAUACGAGAUAUCAUUAUCAAUUUACUGCAAGGCCUGAAAAGAAAGCAAAGUAAGCUAAGGACCAGACCACCGAAAGAUGUGCAGUCGAGUACGAGUACAAGUACAAAAACCGGUCCACCGUCCUCCCGACAAAGCAGUGUGCUCAGUGAACCUGCAGGCACUACUCUGCUUGACGACAGUCCUGUCCAACAGGCUACGAGAAGCGACGGUAGGAGAGACAGUCCUUCUUCACUGAACGAGCAGAUGCAACCCGCACCCGACGCUGGCUUGCCCUUACCAUCGAGCUCUAGCAUAGAAAGGAGAAAUUCGCUAAGACGAAGCAUAAGACGAGAGCCACAACAGCAGAUACCUUCUUCCGACUCCUCUUCAACCAUGUCGAGCACCACCGCCCAGCAUCUUCCUGUGAUGUCGCCUUCCUCGCACCCUGAGUCGAAUAAUAUAGUUGCAAACUUCCCUCAUGCGCCUCCUCCGCCACCGAAGCAAGACGCCCUGACUGCUCUCCAAAGAGGUGGCGACCUGGAAAGAAGAGCCUCAAGACGAUUUUCAGCCUACCAGAUCCAAAAACACCUCGGCGCCUCUCCGAAUGGAGUGCCAGUCAUACCCGCUGCGCAGAACUCGCCAAUCCCUAACAGGGGAAGAGUGGGGGAAGCAAGAGAAUCAAUGCGAGCCGUCACCUCCCGUACGUCCUAUCAAGCUGCUCGGCAAAAAUCGAGUGCUGGCAAGCUGAACGAUCUCUCUCCGAGCAGGAACGGGACAGUCAAGGGUAUUAAUAGGAUAUCUGAGGAAAGAGAAGAGCCUCCCAUCUUGGAUACUCAAAACGUACCAAAGAUUGGAUACUCGCAGGAGGAUGUUCAGAUCGAUAGCCCAACUACUAAAACACCGGAUGAGUUUCAUGGUACAAGCUUCCAUGAAAGCGUGACCAGUCCAGUGGUUCAACUAGACGCGACAGUCACUGGUCCUCUCAGUCCUACCAAGGCACCGGUGGAAUUCAUACCAAGCAGCGAACAAGACCCAGCGGAUUCAGCAGGCAAAUUACCUAGUCCAUCGAAAACACUUUCACCAACUUCCAGAUCGAUUACUACGCCUCCUCCAUCCAACACCGUCGAAUUGGACUCUUCACCUGCAUCUGCUAAAGAAUUAACACUCUUCCUCCAACACAAGACUCGGGUAAAGAAAUUUGUGCUUCCUGUUGGAGACGAUUUGACACUUGCACGACUGCAGCUGGCUUUCAUCGAAAAAUUUGCCUACAAUACUCAUAACAGUGGUGUCGAUCUGCCCGAGAUCUAUAUUCAGGAUCCUAUAUCUGGUGUUCGCCAUGAACUCGAGGAUCUCUCGGACGUCAAGGACAGGUCUGUUUUGGUACUGAACUUCGAGGUAUUGGAUGAAGUGAAGAAGCAUUUUGACGAGGGCAUUGGCGGUUUAAAAUCCACCCUUGAUGGAGUCAAACUUUUGCUCGAUGGUCAAAGCACGAUGAUGCAACGAUUUGCCGACCGACAGUUAGAGGCAUCGAAGGAGAUGGCAAGAAUCUCUACUGCUCCCACACCUCGCCUUACCCGAGCAGCCGUUGUGAACUCAGACAAGACAGGCACUAUACCAGCACAAGCCACGGAAGGACAGGUACAAGAGGUGCAGAACCUCCGACGCGAUAUUGCUGUUCUCAGACAAACGUACUCAUCAAUGUCUGCCGACUUUGCAGCCUCGAUGAAGGAGAUCAAGCUCAAAGCUGCAAACGUGAAAUCCGUUGCUGAGGCUGCUGCUAUGCCUAGCUAUGAAGGCAGUGCUGGCCGAGUGCAUGUCAACGAGGGUAAGAAGCAAUUGAUGAAUGACUCCGAGGCGCUGGUCAACAGGGUCGAUAAUCUGUCAGACACCGUCGAAGACCUUAGGAAGGAUGUCGUCAGCCGUGGAGUUCGACCACGACCCAGUGAUCUGGAACAUUUGAGCAAGGAGAUUAGUGCUGUUAGCAAAGACUUACAACGUGUCAAAGAGUUUAUGAAGCGAGAGAAACCAGUCUGGACAAAGAUCUGGGAGCAGGAACUGAACCUUGUUUGUCUUGAACGAGACGAGCUAACACAGCAAGAGGAGUUGAUGGGUGAUCUGUUCGGCGAUCUGGAGGAUGUGCAGAACGUGUUCAACCUUGUCGAAGAAGCUAUGAAGCAGCAAAAUCUGCAAGGUAGCGCUGGCAGUAUGAGACAACCAAGUAAGAACAUCGACAUAGAUCCGAGUGUCGAUCCAAACGAGGCCAAGGAAGGUGUUCUUGACGAGGUCAGAGCCUUGAGGCCAAACCACGAGAAUCGCCUCGAAGCUAUCGAGCGAGCAGAAACAAUGAGAAAGAGAGAACUCGAAAGCAGGCGGCAGAAUGAAUUCCAGAAGGAGGUCGAACAAUUCGUCGAAGAAGGAAAACUGAAACGGACAGGUGGUAUGGACGAGGUUGAACGAGUGAGGAAGCUAAAAGAUGAAAGGGCCAUGAAAGAGAACUGGGAGACGCAACUGAAGAUCGAGGAGGAAAAGGUAAGAAAGAGAGCCGAAAGAGAGGCGAAGAAAGCCGCUGCCGCAGCGGCCUCAGUCCAUGCAGAACAAGGUCAGACGAACGGUGAAGUAAUGGCUGCUGCAGCUGCACAAGUUCCUAUACCAGCUGCUGAUGGCUUCCACGAGACAAGCUACGAGAGUGAAGCCACUUUUCAAGACGCACCUACAGGAAUGACACCACAGCCUACCCCAUCUGGCAUGGUAGAGCAGCCUCCACUACCUCCUCUACCGAACCACGAUCCAACGGAACCAGACCUCGGGAGUGGACCACCUCGGUUACCUGAAGUCAAUAUCAGCGGAAGGGAUCAUGGUAUGUAA